UUUUUUUUUUUUUUUUAUUAUCUAUUUGUAAACAAUAUGGAACAGUUUCCUGAUAAAUUAAGGAAUAUGACAAUAUCAGAAAACCGUAUUACAUAUGAUGAAACAUGCAAUAAUGGACUAAUAGUCAAUGAUAAAUAUAUUCCUGAAGAAUUAUUAUCCACAAUACUUUGCUACAUUGAUCAUAAAACCUUAGUUAGCUGUCAAAUAGUUUGUAAACGUUGGAAUUUUCUUAUUAAAAGUUAUGUUUGGCGUAAAAAGGCUGAAAUAACAUUAGGUCAUGCAUUACCUGUAGAUGAAAGUACAAUGUGGGCUAAGUAUUACUUUAUUUGUGACAAGAAGCCUUUUUAUAAAAAUUUGAUAAUAAAUAAUAUAACUACAUUGUUCCCUAAUAAUUGGACAAUUUUGAAUUUUGGUGGCAAUGGUUGGGCAGUCGAAUGUCCACCUAUAGGCGUACCACCGCUGCCCGAAGAUCCAAUAUUUAAUGGAGAAAAUGCAUGCUUCGUUACUUCUUAUAACAAAUGUUUAAAAGUUCAAGUUAUAAAUUUGAUAGAACAAGGAUUUUCAAAGUAUUUGUUAGAUAAUUUACAACCUAUAAUAAAGGUAAGUGAGUAUUAUAGCUGUCGAUGGGACUGUCCGGCUGUAUAUAACUGUACGGUACAAUUAUUAAAAGAAAAGCUUGAUUCCGAAGAACUGUUUGCUUCUUACAAUUAUAAGAAGCUCUUGGAGCAUGGAGACCAAAACAAAUGGUUCAAAUUUGAACAUGAAUUUAGAGAUUAUGGUAAAGGAUUGCGAAGCAUUAAAUUUAUUCAUGGUGGACAAGAUACACGUUAUUGGUCAGGUCAUUACGGAAGUAAAAUGGCAGGAGCCUCGGUUAUAUUAGAAUUACCUGAAUUUCCCAAAAGCAUCGAUUAAAUAAUUAUUGUCAUUGAUUAUAUUCA